AUGAAUUUGCCGGAGAAACGUAUGAAAGAAGCGGUGGAUGCAUUAAUUGAUGAUAUCGAUCAAAGUUAUUUGAGAAGAAUAAAUAAGAAAAUGUUCGUUUGCUCAUCAGAUUGCUAUGAUAAAAGUAUGAAUCGAGAUAUUGUGGAGACUUGUGUUGAAAGUUGCAAUAAACCUGUCAAAAAUGCAUCUAAUAUUUUACAAAAUGAACUUGACAAUUUACAGGCACAAUUGAAUCGUUGUGGAAUGACAUGUUUCGAUAAAGCAACGCAGAAAUUUGGUCCAGAUCCCGUAAAAUAUACUGAAAUCCAAAGCAAGGAAUUUGAUAAGCAGCUUUUAAAUUGUGCAUGUUCCUGUGUCGACGAUCAUAUCAAACUGCUGCCGAAUAUCCGCAAACGAUUAAUUGAUUCCUAUCAAAAAUUUUUAAAGUGA